CCAGAGAAUAUGAGAGAGAAAGGUAAAAACGAAAACUGCUGUACAGUAAAGUCUCUUUUGUCUUACGCGGUGCUCAGCUGGGACACUGCCUGCAGGAAUAAUAGUUAUGUAUUAUUUAUAUAACGCUUUCUUUCAACAGAAACAGGAAUAUUCAGCAGCAGCUGAGAGACCUCAAGUCGCAGAUGGAGGUAAAAACUGUUUUGACAGUUUUCCGUAUUAGUUUUGUUUAAAUGUAAUACUCACAACUUUCCAAAAUGCUGACGUUUCUCGCGGCUGCGUUUGUCCUUUGCAUGCUUACAUGUAACAUUAAUAGCUGAUAGUGAUAAAUUUAACUAUUCAUUAUGGAAGCGAAAUUGUUUCAUUUAGAAAAGUACCCAAAAGCUCUUUCUUUAUUGAUUGGGACUUUUUCUUGCAGUUCUCAGUUAUUCGCCCGUGGCUUUUCUUGCCGGUCUGGGAUUUAGUCAGACAGAAUUCGUUAUAAAGUGAGCAAAAGAUAGUGAACAGCUGACCUCAUGCACUAUUUCCUGAUCGCUCGUACUGUAUUUAUUUCCAAAUGAAUUUAUUGAUCGAGGCAGUUUCUCCUGUAGUUCUCACUUAUUCGCCAGAAGGCCUUCUCAUGUUUGGGAUUUUAUCACACACAUAUCGUUAUAAAGUGACUAGCUGGUCACACAAUCUUCUGAUUGCUCAUACAGUGUUUGACAGUGGGAGUCUCGCCGGAAUUCUGCAGUCUUUAAAGCCCGUAAAAAUUGUAAAUUGUAAAUUGUAAUUUGUUUACCCACGGAGCACUAAGGAGUUCAUAAGAACUCGUUGAAACGUGUCCGUGCGUUCCAGAUCGAAUUGGAAUUUGAAAGUGUUGGUUUUUAAGGAGAGGGGAAAACCGGAGUACCCGGAGAAAAACCUCUCGGAGCAAGGGAGAGAACCAACAACAAACUCAACCCACAUAUGGCGUCGACGCCAGGAUUCGAACCCGGGCCACAUUGGUGGGAGGCGAGUGCUCUCACCUCUACGCCACCCUUGCUCCCCUUGCCUGUGUCACUUUUUUGUAGGGGACGGGAUGAAGGGUCACCCUAUAGCCUGCGAACCGCAGACGUAUUUCCGGUGGUCGCUUCUCUUCCUCCACUUUUGAUUUGAAUUUUAUCCAUUUGCUCUUCUUUAUUUCAUUUUCAGGGACUGAAGAUUGAUGACAGACAGACGCGCUGGGAUUACAUUCAUGAUGAAAAUUUAAGACUCGGAGAAAAUAAGUACUCUACACUCCAGAAAGUGAGUAAUGAAUUUGUUUGCCAUAUUUAUUUCCGGGCUUCCCAGUUAAAAGAUCCAAGUCCGAGUCGAAUCGUCAAAAUAAGGUACCUAAUGUUGUUUUUCGUUUUCUCGUUUUGCUUUUUGUUGAUAACAAGUUCUUUGGUAGUCGUACAUUCACAAAUUUUGCCUUUCUGUUUUCAAUUGGUUGAACACCGCCCUCGAAUAAACGCCGCAGGUGGAAGUAAUUAACGCUGCCCUCGAAUAAACGCCGCACCUAAUCAGAAGAAUACGGCGUUUAUUUGAGGAUAAUAAGAAAAGUUAUUACAUGGCUGAAUCUACGGGCAAUUCCUGCAUUCUGAUUGGCUACCCGAGCGUACCUUGCCCGCUGGGGAUUUCCCACGUUGGCCCCGCAAUUAAAAGUUCUGUUUUUGGCCACGUAAUAGAUCCUUUAUUGACAACGUUUGCUCCUUCAAGAUGACUGAAUAUUGUCCUCGUUCUUUUUCGCGCUGUUACUGACCAUAUCCAGCCAUCCUGACCUCACGCUUGGUCAAUAACGCAUAUAUAUUUCAUUUCUAUGAAAUUUCAGCUUAAUGAAAAAACGUGUUUCUACGAAUCGUCCUACUUAUCCUGUAUUCGUGUUAGCCGUCAAAAAAGCACAUUUCUCCUCAUCUUGAUCAGUUUUUUUUACACAUGUCCCGGCGCAGAUAAAUCGUAUAUUUCAUUCUCAAAAAUAGCCUGUAAUGCUAUUGUAGGUUCAGGUGUCCCCUUGGUUUCCAACAACAAAAUUUCCGCUACAUAUUCUAAUGCAUCGUCUGAUUAUUGUUAUUGAUUUCAGAUUCAGACGGGGACGUCCACCGCUAGAAUACAGUUUUUUGAAGAGUUAUGAAAGAUUCUGUUAUUGUGCUUAAGAAUAUAUUAGAGAUCACUUAAUGUAUUUAAUUAUUUUUACAACGGAGAUAUUUAAUCCAUAGAUGAUAUUAUUAUUAUUAUUAUUAUUUUUACAGUUAAUUGUUGUUAUUAUUUUUUUCACUUGUUUUUGUUGUAUUUGUUUCACUUACUCUAAGACUCAGCUUAUUCUAGUUAAGUUAGCUAGUUUAGGUUUUAAGCUAUCUAUUAAAUUUCGGAUGGACUUACCACCUAGUUCUGAGGUUUUCCUGCAACACAGGCAUAAAAGAAAGUAUUUUGGGCAAACUCUUUUCCAGGUUCUCUCCUUUCUGCAGGGGAGAGUCUGGGAACCCAAACCAAACGGAAGGUAAAUUUAAGGGCCUCCUUAUGUUUUUCAAAUUUAUGUAUGAAAACACAACUUUUUAAAGAAUAUGGAAUAUCGGAUGUUUAUUAAUUUAUUAUUUUAAACAUUGCUGGAAGAUAUUGAUAUUUACUUUUAUCGCCCAAGAACGGUUCCUUCUAGUUAGCUUUUCAAUAGGUAAACUGUUUCAAAUGUCAUUAGACAAAUAGGUAGGUUUUAUGAAGACAGCCAAAGCAAGUUGUUAAUUUUAGUGUAAUAAUGUAGAGUAUAGUUUAUAUUAGUUUAAAAAAAAAACCCUGACAGUCAUCAGCCAGUAAAGGAUUGGUAUCCCUUGGUGCUGCUAGCUUUUGCGUACGUCAACGUAGCCUUCAAACUGUUCCAUUUUACUGAUUCUGAAGUAGCUUAAUAACCAUAAUUCAACAUUUUUUGUGUUAUAGAUUUAUUGCUAAUUUUGACGAUUCGAGUAAAUAGACUUUGUGUCACUUCUGCUUUAAAGCGCAAAAAAAUAGAUAAGAUUUGUCGUGAACAAAGGGUAUUCUGUUUCUCAGAGCUUGGCGUUUCUUUUGGUCAAGUGGUCCUUUCUUAUCUCGUUGGGAAAAAAGCUGGGGCCAUUGGCGUCUGCAUUGUUCUAUAAAAGCACCAUAGCAUAGCUGCGCAUACAGUCGCCUCUCGGCACUAACUACGAUUUGGAAAAAAACGAGCUUAAACGCCUGGCGGUGGGGAUUGAUGAGAGGGGAGUGUAUUUGCAGGCCACAGGCGGUACUAUCGGGGGGAAAAUAGGGCGCAUGGCAUCAUGGGUAGGGUGGGAGACAUGCCACCGCAGA